AUGGGAGAAACUGUUAAAGAGCGUGGAGAUGCAAGUGCCGAACUGGUAAAAUCCAUGGCUGAUAAGCAUGCCAGACCAGCUGCUAGAUAUUACUCUGCACUUAAAGAUGUUAUGGUUUGUGGGAAAGGAAGAUAUACGCUUGUAAAAGACGUGGAUGAUGUGGAAAAUGGAGCGUAUGACAAACCUCUUCCAUGCUUCGGUUGCGGAAUUGGAUGGUUCUCCUUUCUCCUGGGUUUUGUGUUCCCUUUCUUGUGGUACUAUGCGACAUUUCUCUAUUUCGGGAACUACUAUCGCAAGGAUCCUAGAGAAAGAGCCGGCCUUGCUGCUUCUGCAAUCACUGCGCUGGGAUUCUCGCUCUUGCUGGUGGUGAUUGUUUUUUUCAGAUGGUUUUAA